GUUGAGCCACUUGCCGGGGGCGGCGGAGGCGAUAGCGAGGGAGAGGGACUGCGGUUGAGCUGCUGCGAUCAGUGUGAAAGCUCAGCUGGUGAAGAUAACGCCAACUCAGCACACACACACCUCUCAGGAAGACCGCAUCCAUCCAGCUGAGAAGAAUGUCGAGUGAUUUUCCUUACGCCAUCGAGCCCUUGGAGGAGAAGGAGAAUGACGCCAUCAAGAAGGACUUCACCGGGUACCUGUCGGGGGCCGUGAGGGUGCAGCCACGGGGUUACUUCUUCCAGGGGAUCUACCGCCACUACGCCCACCAGUACUUCAACCUCCCUCUGAAGCCCACGGACGUCUUCGUGGCAUCGUACCCCAAGAGCGGAACUACCUGGACACAAGAGCUGGUUUGGCUUCUCAUGCAUAACCUUGACUAUGAAGGGGCCAAAGAAUCCCUUGAUGACAGAUUCCCUUUUGUUGAGGCCGAUCACGUGCUGGACCCUGAAGUGUUUCAACGACCGGAAAUAAAAGCAAAACUGAAAGCGGUGCCCAAGCCCGGAGAUCGCCUGGCGCAGGUCCUCAAACUCGAGGAACCAAGAUGCAUCAAAACCCAUAUGCCCUUCUCACUCCUCCCGCCCAAAAUCCUUGACACUUGCAAGGUAAUAUACGUAGCAAGGGAUCCACGAGAUGUUGUCGUCUCGUAUUACCAUCACCACCGGAUGUGGAUCACGCACGGUUUUCAGGGAGAUUUCAAGGCGUUCUUCGACUAUUUUCUUAAAGAACAAGUUAUGUGGUCCCCCUUCUGGGAGCACCUGAGAGAGGCCUGGGAAAGACGCAGUCACUCAAAUCUCCUCAUCUUGACGUACGAUCAGCUGAAGGAAGACUUACCUGCUGUCAUCAGAAAAGUCGCUGGCUUCCUUGGCAAAGAAGUGUCACAGGAAGAAACAAACAAACUGGCAAACCAUCUGCAUUUUGACUCCAUGAAGAACAACCCCGCAGUCAAUGCGGUCGCAGACGCUUCCACGGGCCUCCUGGACUUGAAGGAAGGGGGAUUCGUGAGGAAGGGGAAAUCUGGAGGCUGGAAGAGUUAUUUUGAUGACGAUAUGAAAGAGAAAUUUCAUACGUGGAUGCUGGAGAAAGGUGGCAACUUAGCGAAGGAAUUCAAAUGGAUGAAAUGAAUUCCGCUUUUACUUUACGUGAAGCUGAACCACCCAUGGAUCAGUCCGCCAAUCUUCCUCCAAGGUCCGUUGACGCAAGAAAGAUCCAUAUCCAUCAAAGGAACAUUGAUUUAUGCUCAAAUAUUUACAGAUAAUGCCCUUGCUAGUUCCCCGGUAUUACAUUUCAACGCAGAAAAUAUGAAGUCUUGGAAUCACAUGGAUAGUACAAUGAAUAAAUAUGGAAGUAGAUAGUUUUGUUAUACUAUUUUUUUAACAUUUAACUUUUAAUUGUAGAUAUAUAUAAUCGUUCAGAGAUUAUGUAGGUGUAUGACACUUGUACUUAUUGGAAGUGAAUGAAAAACAAAUAUUAUAUUCAGCAUUGUAUUGGCAUGUUUAUGGUUUGCAUUCAUGUUUAUACUACAUGCAAAAAGCUUUUGGGUAUAAUGUGCACAAGCUAGGUACCAAAACAUUAAAGGUGCUUUGAUACUGACAGUUCUGUGAUUUUUCAGGUGUUUAGGCAAGAUGCAAGAUUUAGAGUUUGUUACAUAUUUUCUAUUAUCAGUUUUGUUAUGAAUAUAUCUGAUAUUCUAAUUUUGUUAAUAGAAAGAAAAUGUGUGCAUAUAAGAGACAUAGUGAGGUAGAUACCCAAGGAUAAACUUCUAACACAUGUUUUUUUUUAAUGAACCUUAUUUAUAGUUCUAUAUGUUGUCUAUUUUUUGAAGUAUCUGUAGAAGGAAUGUUUAUAAUAUUUCAACCGUUCACAGUUUCAUAAUGGAGGUCAUAAUAACAGGAAAUUACUGUCAAUGUCUAAGUGGUGCUCUUGGUAUCUUAGUGUUCUGAAGACAAAAUAAAGUCAUUGAUAUCUAUA